UAAAUGAAAAUGGUUCCUGCCCUCGAACACGGUAGGAUGCGUCACAUUAGCGAUAUGAAUACAGUGCUAAAACGGAGUGAUGCUGUUGAAUUCUAACUAGCAUGAAUUGGGGAGGCUUGGCAGAGAAGGUGCACAUUAAAGAUCCACAACCAUGACUGCCUCCAAAUACGUCACAACCAAUAAAAAAGGAGAAGUCUUUGAAUUAAAGGUUGAACUCAACAGUGAAAAGAAAGAAAAGAAGAAGGAGGCUGUGAAGAAAGUGAUUGCUGCUAUGACUGUGGGGAAAGAUGUGAGCUGUCUCUUUCCAGAUGUAGUGAAUUGUAUGCAGACUGAUAACCUGGAACUAAAGAAGCUUGUGUAUCUCUACUUGAUGAACUAUGCCAAGAGUCAGCCAGACAUGGCCAUCAUGGCUGUCAACAGCUUUGUGAAGGUGGUGGCUAAUGCUGUAGCAGCAUUAUCUGAAAUCAGUGAAUAUCACCCAAACAGCAACUUACUCGAUCUGAAUCCACAGAACAUUAAUAAGCUACUGACAGCCCUGAAUGAGUGUACUGAGCGGGGCCAGAUUUUCAUCCUGGACUGCCUGUCUAAUUACAACCCUAAAGAUGACCGGGAGGCUCAGAGUAUCUGUGAGCGGGUAACUCCUUGGCUAUCUCACGCCAACUCAGCAGUGGUGCUUUCAGCAGUAAAAGUCCUAAUGAAAUUUCUAGAGUUGUUACCCAAGGACUCUGACUACUACAAUAUGCUGCUGAAGAAGUUGGCCCCUCCACUUGUCACUUUGCUGUCUGGGGAGCCAGAGGUGCAGUACGUUGCCCUGAGGAACAUCAACCUGAUCAUCCAGAAAAGGCCUGAAAUCUUGAAGCAGAUCAAAGUUUUCUUUGUGACGUACAAUGAUCCCAUCUAUGUGAAACUAGAGAAAUUGGACAUCAUGAUUCGUUUGGCAUCCCAAGCCAACAUUGCUCAGGUUCUGGCAGAACUGAAGGAAUAUGCCACAGAGGUGGAUGUCGACUUUGUGCGCACACUUUUGCGGGCCAUUGGAUGGUGUGCCAUCAAGGUGGAGGCAAGUGUCCCGUGGUAG